AUGUGGGGAUGCGGCCGCAUGCAGCUCGGUUCACUUAUGUUUGCGAAUAAUUGUCCAGAACAAAUUCAGAGAUCAGUGUUGAUCACAAGAAAGAGUCGGCACUACCGACUGCCACUGUCAGAAAAGGAGGAUAUUCCAUUAGAUUUACGCGGCGGCCGCCAGGUGUUUGUUGAGAUUCAUUUUGCCCCUCUCAGCGCAUUCAGUGUGAAGCUGACAGAAUCUGACGGCUUGACAGUUCAGCAUCUAGAAGAAAGGAUGAAUAGGAUGGUGCUAUAA